UUCCAUCCAAGAGACUCAUAAAUACUAUAACUCUCAAAGCAAAAGUCAUCCCAACAUUUUUCUUCCCACAAUUGUUUGUUUUCCCCAACUUUAUGCUAAGAAACAAGAAAAUGACAACAUAUCCGGUGUAAUCCAACUAGUGGAGUCUAGGUUGAGUAGAGUGUACGUAAACCUUACCUGGUAGAGAUAGAGAGGUUGUUUCCGAGAGAAAAUAAGAAAAUAGUUCUCUGAAAAUGGAUGGUUAUUCGAGCAGUAGUACUAGCAAUAAAUUAGAUGAGUCAGGUGUAUCAGCUCUCUUAGGAAAGAUUAUGGUUGUAGUAGUUAUAUUUCUGUCCUUAGUGGUGGUGUUUAUAUUUUUCCUUCAUGUUUAUACCAAAUGGUUCUUGAAUCGCAGGCGGCAAGAUGCUGCCAGCGAUCCUGAAGCGGGUGGGGCAAGGAGGAAAUUGAAUGCUAAGGGACUUGACCCCUUAAUUCUUGAAACAAUUCCUAUAGUUGCAUUUGAUGCUAAUGAAUUCAAAGAUGAUACAUUGGAAUGUACUAUUUGUCUUUGUGAAUUCUCUGAAGGUGAAAAGAUGAGAUUAUUGCCAAAAUGUAAUCAUGGUUUUCAUGUUGAUUGCAUUGACAUGUGGUUUCAAUCCCAUACCACUUGUCCUCUUUGUCGUAACGCGGUUUCAACAGUUGGAGAAUCACCAUCGGAGACAACGGAAGAAGCUGAGGCUUCAACAGAGUUGCCUAUUUUCCCAACCAAUGUGUUAUUUUGGGGAAAUGAGACUCAAGUUAGCACCUUGUGUAAUCCUUGUUUGGACUCGACAGCUUCCACGAGUAAUCGAUCAAAUGGAAUGUUGGUGAUUGAUAUUCCAGGACGGAUUAAUGAAGAAGAAGAAUCGAACUCUGUAAUGCCUGAAAGAUUGAGGCGUUUGAUGAGGCUUUUGAGUGGGGAUAAAAGGGUAUUUAGUCCUUCUAGUUCACGAAAUGUAGAUAUAGAACAAGGAGGUAGAACCCCGAAUUAGCAUACACUCAGAGAGGCUGAUCCAAAAUUCUAAAUUCUGACAUGUAUAAAGGAACAAAAUGUCAUUACACCUAUUUGAAGAAGUUAUCUUGGUUCCCUUUACAUAUGCCUAUACAACAACAUAUCCCGUAUAAUCCCACGAGUUAAGAUGACACCACUAUAUCUUUGAAUGUAAUGUAAACGCAAGGUACCGAGUUCAUUGAUUCUUUAUGCAGGUGAAAAGUUUGUAAUUUUGAUGUCUGCAUUUUUUAGGUGUCUAGGUAGUGGAAAUAUUGUACAUGUAUGUAUACACACAUUGUAGAAGUUUCUCUUCGAGUAUAUCUAUCUUAACUUACAGAAGUGUGUUAGAAGUCUCUCUUUUGUCAAUGUGAGAAGUGACAUUUCUUGUAUCUUCAUAUGAAUUUGAUUAAUUUCAGAAAACAUUUCUGUGAUUUCA